AUGAAGUCUUUUAUAGAAUAUUCUGCGAAUACUGAUUUUCCUAUAGAGAAUUUGCCUUACGGUGUAUUUACAUCAUCUAAAAAUGCCCAGAAGCAUAUUGGAGUGGCGAUCGGAGAAUGGAUUCUAGAUCUAAACGCAAUUUCGCAUUUAUUUACCGGACCGCUUUUGAAAGAUAAACAACAUGUUUUUAAGGAGGCAAAACUAAAUGCGUUUAUGGGCCUAACUAAGCCACAUUGGAUUGAAGCAAGAAAUACAAUUCAGAAACUUCUUGAUGUCAGUAAUACCAAACUGCAAAAUGAUAAGGACUUGCGACAGAAGGCAUUUAUUAAGCAAAGCGAUGCUACUAUGCAUGUUCCGGCUGAAAUCGGAGACUAUACAGAUUUCUACUCUUCGAUUCACCAUGCCACUAAUGUCGGCAUCAUGUUCAGAAGCAAGGAAAAUGCGCUUAUGCCAAACUGGAAAUAUAUACCAGUGGGAUACCACGGUCGGUCCAGCUCCAUUGUUAUAUCGGGGACACCCAUAACAAGACCUUUGGGCCAAACUCUGCCUGUUGAAGGAGCUGAUCCUCAUUUUGGUCCUUGUCGGUUGAUGGACUUCGAACUGGAAAUGGCUUGCUUUGUUGGAGGCCCACCGACUGCUCUCGGAGAGCGAGUCACCGCCAAACAAGCUGAAGAACGUAUUUUCGGAUUCGUUCUUAUGAAUGAUUGGAGCGCGCGUGAUAUUCAAAAAUGGGAAUAUAUUCCUCUUGGACCUUUCACAUCUAAGAACUUGGGAACUUCAAUUUCGCCCUGGAUCGUGACUGUGGAAGCCUUGCGUCCCUACAUCGUCGACAAUUACCCACAGGACCCUGAACCUUUCUCAUAUCUGCAGCAUAACGAUAAAUUUAACUUUGAUAUAAAACUGGAAGUUGAUCUAAAAACCGAGAAGUCUCCGGUAAUUACGACUAUAUGUCGUUCUAACUAUCGCUUUUUGUAUUGGACUGUAAAGCAACAGUUGGCCCAGCAAACUAUAACUGGUUGCAAUUUACGUCCUGGAGAUUUACUAGGCACUGGCACCAUAAGUGGUGAUACAUCAGAUUCAUACGGCUCUAUGCUAGAACUUAGCUGGAAGGGUACGAAACCGCUACGUUUGCAGAGUGGCGAAGAAAGAAAAUUCUUACAAGAUGGUGACAGUGUUAUCCUUCGAGGAUACUGCGUUAACGAAAUGGGACUUCGUAUCGGAUUUGGAAAAUGCGAGGGCAAACUGCUCCCUGCUCUUCCUUUCAAAGAA